CUCCCGUUCGCUUGACACGGGAUCCGGUUCCGGGUCAGCUGGGCCCCUGCUCGCGUGUGUUUGCGCCCUGAAACAGAUCGCGUCCGCGUCCUUUGCUCUUCGCUGACAUUCGCAGUGAGAGGCAAACCGAUGCAGGGCGAUUGGCCGUGGCGGGGCGUGCCAAGUCCCUGCUUUGCUUGUAAAUGGAGAGGGUGCUUGUUUACCUCUUGAGGAAAAACACCUCGCCCGUGUGCGCCAAGUUUACCCAGAAGGUGGCGGGGCGUGCCAAGUUCCUGCUUUGCUUGUAAAUGGAGAGGGUGCUUGUUUACCUCUUGAGGAAAAACACCUUGCCCGUGUGCGCCAAGUUUACCCAGAGCGUGACAGAUUACUUCAGCAGUGAUGGAGCACAGCAACUAACUGUGAGCUGCAAGCUGCAGGAAAAUCGCUUUCUUAUUUCGGACUGCGUGGAUCUACCCGGAGCAGAGUUGGUCCCACUCAAGCGAGCUGCAGACUGCCCCAUCCAGCACCUGAGCCCGGAUGACGCGCGCGGCCUUCCCCGUGAGACGCUGGCGCGGGGGAUUGACGUCGGCGUGGCCGUCGUGCUGCAGUCUGUGGACGCGUGCGUGCUGUUGACGCGCAGGGCGGCGCAGCUUUCCAUCUUCCCCAACGUCUGGGUGCCCCCCGGGGGUCACGUGGAUCCAGGAGAACAGCUUUUGGAAGCUGGGCUGCGGGAGCUGAGAGAGGAGACUGGUCUGCAGAUGUCACCAUCCGAAUGCACCAUCACCACCAUGGGCCUGUGGGAGUCGGUCUAUCCGGGAAAUCUCAUCCGAGGUCUUCCCAGAAGGCAUCAUAUUGUGGUUUAUGCCUUGGUGCAAACAUCCCUUCUGCACCAGCAAUUACAGGAACACGUCGCCCUGUGCGUGGACGAGGUGAGCGCUUGUGCUUGGAUCGACCCGGACAUGGCCAGAGCCAUUGUGUCAUCUGCGGAAAAUGCCAAGUCCCACCCACCAAUAAGCCAACCACCCAAGGAUAUUCCUGCCACAUUCAGUGCGACGGUGAUGAAGGGGAGCAGGCAAGAGCUGGAGGCCUUGCCCACAUCGUGCCUGCUGGCCCAGGUCCCCCCGUCAGGCCCCGAUGUGGAACGGGUCAGCACGGGCACCGUGUACGCGCUGCAGCUCUGGCUGCAGCAGCUCCACAACCGAAAAGAGCAACACUGAUGAACUUUCCUUUCUUUCGAACCCAAAAACAAUAUUUGGUGACUUGAAUCAUUUGACAAAUUGUAAAUGUGUUUAUUUAUUAAUUAAAAUGUAACCAUUUACAUUAUGAGACCUCCUUUGCCAGUAACAAGAUAUAGGAAUAGGUUUUACCCUUUUAACUGUAAAUGCUCACCCCGA